CGGGGAGGCGGCGGCGCGAGGCCGCGGAGCUGCCGGCCUUUGUGUGGUGCGCCGGCCGCGCUCGCCCGGGCUCCGCGCGCAGGGCCUCCUCGUCCCCCCGCGACAUGGCCACCCCGGCGGCCGUCAACCCUCCGGAGAUGGCCUCAGACAUCCCCGGCUCGGUGACGUUGCCCGUGGCGCCCAUGGCGGCCUCUGGACAGGUGAGGAUGGCGGGGGCCGUGCCGGCCCGCGGCGGAAAGCGGCGCUCUGGAAUGGACUUUGAUGAUGAAGAUGGGGAAGGUCCCAGCAAAUUUUCAAGGGAGAACCACAGUGAGAUUGAGCGGCGCCGGCGGAACAAGAUGACUCAGUACAUCACCGAGCUCUCCGACAUGGUCCCCACCUGCAGCGCGCUGGCCCGCAAGCCCGACAAGCUGACCAUCCUGCGCAUGGCUGUGUCGCACAUGAAGUCCAUGCGGGGCACGGGGAACAAGUCCACAGACGGCGCCUACAAGCCUUCCUUCCUCACCGAGCAGGAACUGAAGCAUCUCAUCCUGGAAGCGGCCGACGGGUUUCUGUUUGUCGUGGCGGCUGAGACAGGGCGUGUGAUCUACGUGUCUGACUCCGUGACCCCUGUUCUGAACCAGCCGCAGUCGGAGUGGUUUGGGAGCACCCUCUACGAACAGGUGCACCCCGACGACGUGGAGAAGCUGAGAGAGCAGCUGUGCACCUCAGAAAACUCCAUGACAGGCCGGAUCUUGGACCUGAAGACGGGGACGGUCAAGAAGGAGGGGCAGCAGUCGUCCAUGAGGAUGUGCAUGGGCUCGCGCAGGUCCUUCAUCUGCAGGAUGAGGUGUGGAAAUGCCCCGUUGGACCACCUCCCUCUAAACAGAAUAACCACCAUGAGGAAACGGUUCAGGAACGGCCUCGGCCCCGUGAAAGAAGGGGAGGCACAGUAUGCCGUGGUCCACUGCACAGGCUACAUCAAGGCCUGGCCGCCCGCGGGAAUGACCAUACCCGAAGAGGACGCGGACGUGGGGCAAGGCAGCAAAUACUGCCUCGUGGCGAUCGGGAGGCUGCAGGUGACCAGCUCUCCCGUGUGCAUGGACAUGAGCGGGGUGUCGGCGCCCACGGAGUUCCUGUCGCGGCACAGCUCCGACGGGAUCAUCACGUUCGUGGACCCGAGGUGCAUCAGUGUGAUCGGCUACCAGCCCCAGGAUCUUCUGGGAAAGGACAUUCUGGAAUUCUGCCACUCGGAGGAUCAGAGCCACCUGCGCGAGAGCUUUCAGCAGGUGGUGAAGCUGAAAGGGCAGGUGCUGUCGGUCAUGUACCGGUUCCGCACCAAGAACCGCGAGUGGCUGCUGAUCCGCACCAGCAGCUUCACCUUCCAGAACCCCUACUCGGACGAGAUCGAGUACGUCAUCUGCACCAACACCAACGUCAAGCAGCUCCAGCAGCAGCAGGCGGAGUUGGAGGUGCACCAGCGGGACGGGCUGUCGUCCUACGACUUAGCGCAGGUCCCUGUCCCCAGCCUGCCCGCUGGCGUGCAUGAAGCCGGGAAGUCGGUGGAAAAGGCGGAUGCGAUCUUUUCCCAGGAGAGGGACCCCCGGUUCGCUGAGAUGUUCGCGGGGAUUGGAGCAUCGGAGAAGAAGAUGAUGAGCUCAGCCUCUGCAGCGGGAACCCAGCAGAUCUACUCACAGGGAAGCCCGUUCCCCGCCGGACACUCGGGCAAGGCCUUCAGCUCUUCCGUGGUUCACGUGCCUGGAGUGAACGACAUCCAGUCGUCCUCCUCGACGGGCCAGAACAUGUCCCAGAUCUCCCGGCAGCUAAACCAGAGUCAGGUGGCGUGGACGGGGAGUCGGCCCCCUUUCCCCGGGCAGCAAAUGCCCUCUCAGUCCAGCAAGACGCAGUCAUCCCCCUUCGGGAUGGGAACGAGCCACAGCUACCCGGCCGACCCCGCCUCCUACAGCCCGCUCUCCAGCCCUGCGACCUCCUCGCCGGGAGGGAAUGCCUACUCCAGCCUGGCCAGCAGGACCCCGGGGUUCGCUGAAAGCGGGCAGAGCGGCGGGCAGUUCCCGGGGCGGCCCUCGGAGGUCUGGUCGCAGUGGCAGAGCCAGCACCACGGGCAGCAGGCCGGGGAGCAGCACGGCCACCAGCAGCCCGGCCAGACCGAGGUGUUCCAGGACAUGCUGCCCAUGCCGGGAGACCCGACCCAGGGGACAGGCAACUAUAACAUCGAAGACUUCGCUGACCUGGGCAUGUUCCCGCCGUUUUCUGAGUAGCCGUGGACAGAGCGAGGCCUCCGCCCUGCAGCGCCGCCC